AUGGUGAAGAUAUGUGGAAUUGGAGCUGGGUACGUAGGGGGUCCUACAAUGGCUGUGAUUGCCCUGAAAUGUCCCUCAAUUGAAGUGGCUGUGGUUGACAUCUCUCACUCUCGCAUAUCAGCUUGGAAUAGCAAGAAACUCCCUAUUUAUGAGCCUGGCCUAGAAGAAGUGGUGAAUCAGUGUAGAGGAAAGAACCUCCUCUUCAGUACCGAUGUGGAAAAGCACGUCUAUGAGGCAGACAUAAUCUUUGUUUCAGUAAACACCCCCACAAAAAUCAGAGGACUUGGAGCUGGCAAGGCUGCAGACUUGACUUACUGGGAAAGUGCAGCUAGGAUGAUAGCUGAUGUUUCCAACUCAAACAAGAUUGUUAUUGAGAAAUCCACUGUCCCAGUGAGAACAGCUGAGGCAAUUGAGAAAAUUUUAACUCACAAUACUAAUAGCAAGGGCAUCAAGUACCAAAUUCUGUCAAAUCCUGAGUUUCUCUCUGAGGGAACAGCCAUUCAGGACCUUCUAAACCCUGACCGGGUUCUGAUUGGAGGGAACCAAGACCCUGAAGGUUUAGAAGCAAUCCAAAAAUUGAAGGCCAUAUAUGCUCAUUGGGUUCCUGAAGACAGAAUCAUAACGACUAAUUUGUGGUCAGCAGAACUGUCCAAGUUAGCUGACAAUGCCUUUUUGGCCCAAAGGAUUUCAUCUAUCAAUGCUAUGUCUGCCUUAUGUGAGACCACUGGGGCUGAAGUCUCACAAGUUUCUCUUGCUCUCAGCAAAAACACCAAAAUUGGACCCAAGUUCCUUAAUGCUAGUGUUGGUUUUGGUGGCUCUUGCUUUCAAAAGGACAUACUCAACUUGGUGUACAUAUGUGAGAGCAAUGGCCUCACUGAAGUGGCUAAUUACUGGAAAGAAGUGAUCAAGGUGAAUGACUACCAAAAGAGUCGGUUUGUGCACAGGGUUGUGACCUCAAUGUUCAACACAGUCUCAGGUAAGAAGAUUGCAAUUCUGGGUUUUGCCUUCAAGAAGGACACUAGUGACACAAGGAAAACUCCUGCAAUUGACGUUUGCAAAGGCCUUUUGGGAGAUAACGCGUGCUUGAGCAUCUAUGAUCCACGUGUUACUGAGGAGCAGAUUCAAAAGGACUUGUCAAUGGGUGAUGUUGAAUGGGACCAUCCAAUCCACCUGCAAGCAGUGAGUUCCACUGUUGUGAAACAGGUUAAUGUUGUUGGAGAUCCUUAUGAGGCAACCAGAGAUGCUCAUGGAAUAUGCAUUCUUACAGAGUGGGAUGAGUUCAAGACAAUUGACUAUGAAAGAGUGUAUGACAAGAUGGAGAAACCAGCAUUUGUGUUUGAUGGUAGAAACAUGUUGAAUGUUGACAAGUUGAGGGAGAUUGGAUUCAUUGUUUACUCAAUUGGGAGACCUUUAGACCAAUGGCUGAAGAACAUGCAGAUUAUGAAUUGA